AUGGUUCUCUCCUGGGACUUAAGGGGGAGGGGGUCGGUUAAAGUCCUAGAGUCCAGAUCCCGGAUGCAGGAGGCGGAGCUUGGCUUUACCGGGAGUGCCCGGAUGGAGAGGGCGUGGUUUAGGCCCAAGUGGAAUUAACCCUUUCUGGGUGGCCGGCUUUUGGGGCUGUAGGUCUGGUUGGGGAGGCUGGAUUGUCAGCCUCAGAAGUGUGUCGGCCUCCCAGCCUGGCCCUGGGCGUGUGCAUCUACCUUCUGUCUGUCUGCGAGGAGUCUAUGGGUGUCUGUCUUUGUGCUUGUCCCUGGUUGCCCCCUCCCCUUGGUUAGUACGAGCACUGGGAGUCGGGGAGGGCCAUUCGUGCCUCAAAGCGAGAGUGUAGGUGAGAGUGGACGGCGAGCCAGCCGGCGGCGGCGGCGGUGGCGACUGAGGAACAGGUGUGAGUGUGGUGGCUGCCCAGCACGGGGUGGGGCCGUUUUGAGGGAGACAGAGGGGAAAUUCCGCGGGACCGGUGGCGAGCAGUGUGUGGGCUGAGGAGUUGUGUCUGCCUCUGACUGUGUGUCUGUGUGAGCUGAGGGAGGCGGGGGCUGAGUCAGUGGGAACAGGGCAUGGUUUUCUGAGUGACUCACUCUCCCCCACCCCAAGCCUGAUUCAGACCUUGAGAAAGGCUUUGUUCGUGGGGCGGAUGGGAAGUCAGGCGCCUGCGUCCCUGGUGGGGACACAGAUUCGUGGUGGUUGGCGAGAUUAUGCUUAGGGUACAGGAAGUUUUGUCCUGGAGCGCUCUCCUGUAGUCCAUGGUGUCGUCGUGGGAGGUUGUGGAUGAAGGUUGAAGAUCAAGAGGGCUGGAGGGACGGAACUCGGUAGUUUAGGGAAAGCUGAGUCAGUUCCCCGUGGGAAAGGGGAAGUAGCAGAGGGGAAGUGUCAUCAUCGCAGAAGGGGAAGCUGCAUUUCCUGGCAACUAGCAGCGUUCUGGGCACCACUUCCUUAGUAGGGUGUCAGCUUCUCUGACAUCUGGUACCCCGAGCUGCCGUUUGUCCACGUUUGGUCCUUCGGUCCCCUCAGGGCUUGGCUGGGGCAGCCAGUUUGGCCAGCACUUGACCACAUUAGCGUUGUACGUGUCCCAGGGCUUGGCAACUGACAGACUGCAGCUCAGGAGAGUUCUGGCCGGAGCUCCGCGUGAACUGAGGAGUCCGCGGAGCGCAGUCUCCCACCAGGGCUUGGACCGAGUAGCCUGCGGGAAUCAGUGGGCUCCAAACAUUUUCACGCACAGAUGACCUUGCCCCAGCGGGAGGGAAGACUGUUUUCGCUAGAACCCCUUCUGCCUUUGUGGGCUGGGUGGAAAUUUCCCCACAGUGCAGACUUCUCGGCCAAGGCGAACUUUCCAGCCGCCCCCAACCCCUCGCCGCGCGCUCUCCCCCGGCUUCCUGCCCGGAGCUUUCUCCAGCUGGAGCGCUGGCCCCGCCCCCGCGGCUUUGUACUCGACACUCGCCUCUCUCCGCUCUUUGUACUCUAGACUCUCAAUGGACCGAUCCCGGGAGCGGAGCCGGCUCCCUACCUGCGGGGACCUGGGGUAUGCGCAGGGAAGCAGCUCUGGGCUCUGAGAGUCGAGAAGGGAAAGCUGGGACUAAAGGGAGCGUGCCUAGGACAGAAGAGGACUGUGUCCGUUUGGGUCCAGUCAGCUUCGACGGGAAGGAGUAAAGGGGGGGUGGAGUGAGGGAGGAAGUGAAACGGGUUCUGGGUUCUUUAAGGGAGUAGGCGGUGAGAGUGGGACAGGGGUGAUGUCACUGCCUGUUGGGCCCCGCCCUCCUCACGCUCCCAAAGGACCCCCCCUUACACACACAGCUUCCGCUGCGCAAGUGGCCACGUCACGGGCAACCCCCGAAAUCCCCCCUCCCUUGGGGGGGGCCACGUGGGCCGUGGGGAACCGCGUGGCCCCGGGCAGGGAAGGGGCAUAGAGGAUACAGGAGCCACGCGAGAAGGGCCACUCCACGGGCUGUUACUGAGGCGGAGACAAGGGUGAUGAUUGGCUUUCUGGGGAGAGAGAAGUCUUGUGAUUGGCUAAAUCUCUGAAGCGUUUGAAGCUGUGAGAGGACGCUCCCACGGAGGCUGGGUUAGCAGCCGCGCGAAUUGGUUGUGGAAGGCCAGAGACUGCCACCUGGAAACAGUGGGCACUCUUGUUAAGAGCAAUUGGAGCGGGACCAUCGUGCCAGAGAGCUGGGGCAGGGGGGCGUGCCCCGUCUCCAGGGCUCCUGGGGCCACUGCUGACCUGGCUGGAUGCAUCGGGCAGUGGACCCUCCAGGGGCCCGCUCUGCACGGGAAGCCUUUGCCCUUGGGGGCUUGAGCUGUGCUGGGGCUUGGAGCUCCUGCCCACCCCAUCCUCCUCCUCGAAGCUCAUGGCUGCCUGGAGGCAGAUGCUCUGCCAGCAUCGGGCAGCCCCCACUCCCUGCUCCUUUACCCCCUUCACAUGGCAGUAACUCUGGGCACCCAAACAAACCCUAUUAUGCUCCUGGGACACCUUCCCCUAGACCCCUCCACGGGAAGCUGGAAUCUCUGCAUGGCUGUGUACAGGCACUGGUCCGGGAGCCAGCCCAGCCCGGGUUGUGGGAACAGCUUGGACAACUGUAUGAGUCAGAGCAUGACAGUGAGGAGGCUGUGUGCUGCUACCACAGGGCCCUUCGAUAUGGAGGAAGCUUUGCUGAGCUGGGGCCCCGAAUUGGCCGUUUGCAGCAGGCCCAGCUCUGGAACUUUCCUGCUGGUUCCUGUCAGCACCGAGCCAAGGUCCUGCCCCCGCUGGAGCAAGUGUGGAAUUUGCUGCACCUUGAGCACAAACGGAACUACGGCGCUAAGCGAGGGGGUCCUCCCGUGAAGCGAUCUGCUGAACCCCCAGUGGUACAGCCUAUGCCUCCAGCAGCACUCUCCGGCCCUUCAGCAGAGGAGGGCCUCAGCCCUGGAGGCAAGCGGAGGAGAGGCUGCAGCUCUGAACAGGCUGGCCUUCCUCCGGGUCUGCCACUCCCUCCACCACCAUUACCACCACCCCCACCACCCCCUCCUCCACCCCCACCUCCACCACCACUGCCUGGCCUGGCUGUUAGCCCUCCAUUUCAGCUGACUAAGCCAGGGCUGUGGAACACUCUGCAUGGAGAUGCUUGGGGCCCCGAGCGCAAGGGUUCGGCACCCCCAGAGCGCCAGGAGCAGCGGCACUCGCUGCCUCACCCAUAUCCAUACCCUGCUCCUGCCUACACUGCUCAUCCGCCCAGCCACCGGCUGGUCCCAGCCACACCCCUUGGUCCAGGUCCCCGACCCCCAGGAGCAGAGAGCCAUGGCUGCCUGCCUGCCACCCGUCCCCCCGGAAGUGACCUUAGAGAGAGCAGAGUUCAGAGGUCGCGGAUGGACUCCAGCGUUUCACCAGCAGCAUCUACCGCCUGCGUGCCUUACGCCCCUUCCCGGCCCCCUGGCCUCCCCGGCACCAGCAGCAGCAGUAGCAGCAGUAGCAGUAACAACACUGGUCUUCGGGGUGUGGAGCCGAACCCAGGCAUUCCUGGCGCUGACCAUUAUUACCAAACUCCUGCGCUGGACAUUUCCCCUCACCAGGCCCGCCUGGGGCCCUCGGCACACAGCAGUCGGAAACCAUUUUUGACAGCGCCUGCUGCCACUCCCCACUUAUCCCUACCACCUGGGACCCCAUCAUCCCCUCCACCCCCCUGUCCUCGCCUCUCACGCCCUCCACCACCCCCUGCUUGGAUGAAGGGCUCAGCCUGCCGCUCAGCCCGAGAGGAUGGAGAGAUCUUAGGGGAGCUCUUCUUUGGUGCUGAGGGACCUCCCCGUCCUCCCCCGCCCCUUCCCCACCGUGAUGGCUUCUUGGGGCCUCCAACCCCCCGCUUUUCUGUGGGCACUCAGGAUUCGCAUACCCCUCCCACUCCCCCCACCACCAGCACCAGCAGCAGCAGCAGCCGCCACAGCAGUAGGCCUACUGGGCCUGCGCCCUUCCCUCCACCCCCCUAUCUGGCCAGAAGUAUAGACCCCCUUCCCAGGCCAUCUAGCCCAACACUGAGCUCCCAGGACCCACCUCUCCCACCACUGACUCUUGCCCUGCCUCCAGCCCCUCCCUCCUCCUGCCACCAAAAUACCUCAGGAAGCUUCAGGCGCUCGGAGAGCCCCCGGCCCAGGGUCUCCUUCCCAAAGACCCCCGAGGUGGGGCAGGGGCCACCCCCAGGCUCUCUGAGUAAAGCCCCCCAGCCUGUGCCACCUGGGGUUGGAGAGCUGCCUGCCCGAGGCCCGAGGCUCUUUGAUUUUCCACCAACUCCGCUGGAGGAUCAAUUUGAAGAGCCUGCUGAGUUCAAGAUCCUACCUGAUGGGCUGGCUAACAUCAUGAAGAUGCUGGAUGAAUCCAUCCGAAAGGAGGAGGAGCAGCAACAGGAGGCAGGCACGGUGCCCCCACCCCCACUCAAAGAGCCCUUUGCAUCUCUACAGCCUCCAUUUCCCAGUGACACAGCCCCAACCACCACUGCUGCUGCCACCACUGCCACCACCACCACCACUACCACCACCACCACCAUCCAAGAAGAGGAGAAGAAGCCACCGCCAGCCCUGCCGCCACCACCGCCUCUAGCCAAGUUUCCUCCACCUCCCCAGUCUCAGCCCCCACCGCCUCCACCAGCCAGCCCGGCCAGUCUGCUCAAGUCAUUGGCCUCUGUUCUUGAGGGACAAAAGUACUGUUACCGGGGGACUGGAGCAGCUGUUUCAGCCAGGCCCGGGUCCUUGCCCACCGCUCAGUAUUCCCCUAGUCCUGCAUCAGGUGCUACCGCCCCCCCACCCACUUCAAUGGCCCCUAGCACCCAGGGCUCCCCCAAGCCCUCUGUUUCCUCGUCAUCUCAGUUCUCUACCUCAGGCGGGCCUUGGGCCCGGGAGCGCAGGGCAGGUGAAGAACCAGCACCAGGCCCCGCAACCCCUGCCCAGAUGCCCCCAUCUCUGCCGCUGCCCCCUGCUCGUUCUGAGUCUGAGGUGCUAGAAGAGAUCAGUCGGGCUUGUGAGACCCUUGUCGAGCGGGUGGGCAGGAAUGCCACCCAUCCUGCAGACCCAGUGGACAUAACAGAGCCAGUGGACAGUGGGACCGAGCCGCUGCUGCCUCCUGCACAGGCUAAGGAGGAGAGUGGUGGGGUGGCGGUGGCAGUGGCAGCAGUGGGUCCAGGUAGUGGCAAGCGCCGGCAAAAGGAGCAUCGGCGGCACAGACGGGCCUGUAGGGACAGUGUGGGUCGUCGACCCCGUGAGGGGAGGGCUAAGACCAAGGCCAAGGCUCCCAAAGAAAAGAGCCGAAGGGUGCUGGGGAACCUGGACUUGCAGAGUGAAGAAAUCCAGGGCCGGGAGAAGGCCCGGCCGGACUUAGGUGGGGCUUCUAAAGUCAAGACACCCACAGCUCCAACGCCCCCACCUGCUCCUGCACCCUCUGCUCAGCCAACACCCGCAGCAGUCCCCGUCCCUGGGAAGAAGACUCGAGAGGACGCUCCAGGGCCCCCAGGGGUGAGCCGGGCAGAUAUGCUGAAGCUCCGGUCACUUAGCGAGGGGCCCCCCAAGGAAUUGAAGAUCAGGCUCAUCAAGGUGGAGAGUGGUGACAAGGAGACCUUUAUUGCUUCUGAGGUGGAGGAACGGCGGCUGCGCAUGGCAGACCUCACUAUCAGCCACUGUGCUGCUGACGUCAUGCGUGCCAGCAAGAACGCCAAGGUGAAAGGGAAAUUUCGAGAGUCCUACCUUUCCCCUGCCCAGUCUGUGAAACCGAAGAUCAACACUGAGGAGAAGCUGCCCCGGGAGAAACUCAACCCUCCCACCCCCAGCAUCUAUCUGGAGAGCAAACGGGACGCCUUCUCGCCAGUACUGCUGCAGUUCUGUACAGACCCUCGCAACCCCAUCACCGUCAUCAGGGGCCUGGCUGGCUCACUUCGGCUCAACUUGGGCCUUUUCUCCACCAAGACCCUGGUGGAAGCAAGCGGCGAGCACACAGUGGAGGUCCGCACCCAAGUGCAGCAGCCCUCAGAUGAGAACUGGGACCUGACGGGCACGAGACAGAUCUGGCCCUGCGAGAGCUCCCGCUCACACACCACCAUCGCCAAGUACGCACAGUACCAGGCAUCCUCCUUCCAGGAGUCGCUGCAGGAGGAGAAGGAGAGUGAGGAUGAAGAGUCGGAGGAACCAGACAGCACCACAGGGACCCCUCCCAGCAGUGCGCCGGACCCCAAGAACCAUCAUAUCAUCAAGUUUGGCACUAACAUCGACCUGUCUGAUGCCAAGAGGUGGAAGCCCCAGCUACAGGAGCUGCUGAAGUUGCCUGCCUUCAUGCGAGUAACAUCCACAGGCAACAUGCUCAGUCAUGUGGGCCACACCAUCUUGGGCAUGAACACCGUGCAGCUAUAUAUGAAGGUCCCUGGCAGCCGAACGCCAGGCCACCAAGAGAAUAACAAUUUCUGCUCUGUCAAUAUCAACAUUGGCCCCGGGGACUGUGAGUGGUUCGCAGUACACGAGCACUAUUGGGAGACCAUCAGCGCCUUCUGCGAUCGGCAUGGUGUGGACUACUUGACUGGUUCCUGGUGGCCAAUCUUGGAUGACCUCUAUGCGUCCAAUAUUCCUGUUUACCGCUUCGUGCAGCGCCCUGGGGACCUUGUGUGGAUUAAUGCAGGGACUGUGCAUUGGGUGCAGGCUACUGGCUGGUGCAACAACAUUGCUUGGAACGUGGGGCCCCUCACCGCCUAUCAGUACCAGCUGGCCCUGGAACGCUACGAAUGGAACGAGGUGAAGAAUGUCAAGUCCAUCGUGCCCAUGAUUCACGUGUCCUGGAAUGUAGCUCGAACAGUCAAAAUCAGCGAUCCGGACCUGUUCAAGAUGAUCAAGUUCUGCCUCUUGCAGUCAAUGAAGCACUGCCAGGUGCAGCGGGAGAGCUUGGUGCGGGCUGGUAAGAAAAUCGCUUACCAAGGCCGCGUCAAGGACGAGCCUGCCUACUACUGCAACGAAUGCGAUGUGGAGGUGUUCAACAUCCUGUUCGUUACAAGUGAGAAUGGCAGCCGAAACACGUACCUGGUGCACUGCGAGGGCUGUGCGCGCCGUCGCAGCGCGGGCCUACAGGGCGUGGUGGUGCUAGAGCAGUACCGCACCGAGGAGCUGGCGCAGGCCUAUGAUGCCUUCACGUUGGCUCCAGCCAGUACGUCGCGAUGAGGCCGGACGCCCCGCUCGCCCGCCCACGCAGGGCGCGGCGGGGCCACCAGCACACGCCUGGGCUGGACCUAGGUCCCGCCUCUGGCCGGGAAGGGGGUCGGGCCCAGCCCUUCCACCCUUAUUGGCAGCUCCCCUCACUUAAUUUAUUAAGAAAAAAAUUUUUUUUAACAAAUACGAGGAAAAAAAGGAAAAAAAAUGGGAGACGGGGAGGGGGCUGGCAGCCCCUCGCCCACCAGCGCCUCCCCUCACCGACUUUGGCCUUUCUAGCAACAGACACAAGGACCAGGCUCCGGCGGCGGCGGGGGUCACAUACGGGUUCCCUCAAGCCUGCCCGCCGCACGCCCGCACGUUCGCGGCUCGUUGUGUACAUAGACAUUCGGCAGCCGAGGUUUUUAAUGAGAUUCUUUCUAUGGGCUUUACCCCUCCCCCAGGCCCUCCUUUUUUACUCCCAUUGCUAGCUGUGAUCCCUGUAUAUGUCUCUGUUUAUUCAUUUGAUUAUGGUUUGUAUUUUUGUUCCUUUUUUGUUUUUGUUUUUUAAUUUAUAACAGUCCCACUCACCUCUAUUUAUUCAUUUUUUUUUGGGGGGGGGGAAACCCGACCUCCUGCACCCCCAAGCCAUCCCUCCUGCCUCUUUGGGAGGCCUGCUCCUGGGUUCUCCUUGCGCCCCAGUAUAUAUGUCCGGGCUUGGCCCGUCGGUCUCCGUCCGCCCGCGGCUCCAGCCGGGCUCUCAUGGUGCUCAAACCCGCUCCCCUCCCCUACGUCCUGCACUUUCUUGGACCAGUACCCCCACUCCCGACCCGACCCCAACCCCACCUGAGGGUGAGCGACUCCUGUACUGUAGGGAAGAAGUGGGAACUGAAAUGGUAUUUUGUAAAAAAAAUAAAUAAAUAAAAAAUAAAUAAAUAAAAUAAAAAAAAUAAAAGUUUUAAAGAAAGAACUAUGAGGAAAAAAAACCCUGUCCUCCCCAGCCUCGGCCAAUUUAAAAAACAUUGGACACCUCUACCAUCACCACCCCCCCUCUUUUUUUAAAAAGGCGUGAAAUAGCCCAGGGCAGAGACACCCUGGGGUGAGUUUCUCUGGGGCUUUAUUUUCAUUUUCUUAGUUUCUUCUCCCGCUGGGGCUGCGGAGGGGUGGGGGGGUUUACAGUCCCGCCCCCUCGCACUGCACUGUCUCUCUGCCCCAGGGGCAGAGGGGUCUUCCCAACCCUACCCUAUUUUCGGUGACUUUUGUGUGAGAAUAUUAAUAUUAAAAAUAAAAGCAGGAAAAAAAAGA